GAAUGAAUAAAUAAGUAGUGUAACCAUUAUCAGUAAUUACCAGGAAACUCUACAACAUUUGUUUUAAAAUCACACUAAGAUUGUUAAAACUGGCCUUAGGUUAUUGAGGGAUCUGAUUAGGAUUUACCCUCGUAGCAAGGCCGUUUUAUCAUGUGGAGGUUUCAUUCGGGUCUCUAUUUAAAAAAAACACUGUAUUUGGCAGGAGAAAGACCAGAUUCAGAGGAACCAGAGCCAGGGACGUCCAAACCAGCAAAACAACACCAGUGUUCCCACUGUGGAAAGGGUUGUAACCACUUAUGUGAGCUGAAACAACAUGAGAGAAUACACACCGGGGAGAAGUCUUACCACUGCUCCCAGUGUGGAAAGAGUUGUAACGAUUUGGGGAAGCUGGAACGGCAAGAGAGAAUACACAGAGGGGAGAAGCCUUACCACUGCUCCCGCUGUGUCAAGUGUUUUCACCAGUUAGGGGCCCUGAAACAGCACGAGAGAAUACACACAGGGGAGAAGCCUUACCACUGCUCGCAAUGUGAAAAGAUGUAUAACCAGAAAGGACACCUGAAAGCCCAUGAGAAAAUACACACAGGGGAGAAGCCUUACCAGUGCUCCCAGUGUGGAAAGUGUUUCACCUGGGCAGGGUAUCUGAAAAAACACGAAAGAAUACAUACAGGAGAGCAGCCUUACCACUGCUCCCAGUGUGGCAAGUGUUUUAACGAUACAGGGGAUCUGAAAAAACACGGAAGAAUACACACAGGAGAGAAGCCUUACCACUGCUCCCGCUGUGUCAAGUGUUUUAACCAGUUAGGGGCCCUGAAACAGCACGAGAGAAUACAUACAGGGGAGAAGCCUUACCACUGCUCCCAGUGUGGCAAGUGUUUUAACCAGUUAGGGACCCUGAAACAGCACAAUAUAAUACACACAGGGGAGAUGCAUUACCACUCCUCCCAGGAUGCAAAGCUUUUGCCCAUUUAGGAAGCCUGAAAUAACAUGAGACACAAAGGAGAAGGCUUACAGAAGGUUAGAUUUUGGGAAAACAUAUUACUCAUAACAAUCACUUAAACAUCAUUAGAGAAUCCACACAGGAGAGAAAAAUUACUUCUCUUAGCAUGUAUAUUGAUAUUUCACAUCUCAUUGACUCACAACUCAUCAGAGAACAUACACAGUGCUCCCAUUGUCUUAUAUUGUUGACUGAUAAUGUGAGAAAUUGCUUCUUCCAAUUAUUGAUAAACAUGUACCUGUUAAGAAACGGACUGUUAGAUAUGUUAAGGCUCUAUGGAUUGAUGAGGAAUUUAAAAACUGUAUGUUUGAAAGAGUUGGGGCUAAAGGAGUAGUGAAUAAGUCUGGCUGCACAUCUGGCUGACUCUCGUACUGCAAAUUGAGAAAUUAUGUGAACAAACUCAACAAAAAUAAUUAACUUAUUAAGAAGCCAAGAUCAAUGAUAUAAAGAAUGAUGUAAAAAAACAUCAUGAAAGAAAAGCAUGCAAGUUUUGAGUGGGAGAGUUAGUGUGGGAGAGGUGGAACAAUUGUUAUCGAUCAAUAAUGACAAACCUCCUGGCAUUGACAACAGAUGGAAAGCUACUGAGGACAGUAGCUGACUCUAUAGCCACUCCUAUCUGUCAUAGUAAUUCCACUACCCAAGAGUGGUAAAGCGGCCUUUACUGGUUCUGGUUGCUGCCAGCUCUUAGCAACCUUUUGUAAAAAUUUGUGUUUGACCAAAUACAAUGCUAUUUCUCUGUAAGCAAAUGAACAACAGACUUUCAGCAUGCUUAUAGAGAAGGGCACUCAACAUGUACUGCACUAACACAAAUGACUGAUGAUUGGUUGAGAGAAAUUGAUAACAAGACGAUUGUGGGAGCUCUAUUGUUAGAUUUCAGUGCAGCCUUUGAUAUUAUUGACCAUAACCUGUUGUUUAAGAAUGUUUGUGCUAUGGCUUUUCAACCUCUGCCAUAAUGUGGAUUCAGAGCUAUCUAUCUAAUAGAACUCAGAGGGUUUUUAAUGGAAGCUUCUCUAAUGUCAAACAUAUGAAGUGUGAUUUACUGCAGGGCAGCUCUCUAGGCCUUCUACUCUUUUCUAUUUUUACCAAUGGCCUGCCACUGGAAUUAAACAAAGCAUGUGUGUCCAUGUAUGCUGAUGAUUCAACUAUAUAAGCACCAGCAACCACAGCUAAUGAGUUCACUGAAACCCUUAACAAAUAGUUGCAGUCUGUUUUGGAAUGCAUGGCCAGUAAUAAUCUGGUAAUAAUCUGAACAUCUCUAAAACUAAGAGCAUUGUAUUUGGUACAAAUCAUUCCUCAAGUUCUAGACAUCAGCUGAAUCUGGUAAUGAAUUGUGUGGCUGUUGAACAAGUUGAGGAGACUAAAUUACUUGGCAUUACCUUAGAUUGUAAACUGUCAUGGUCAAAACAUAUAGAUUCAAUGGUUGUAAAGCUGAGGAGAGGUCUAGCCAUAAUAAAGAGAUGCUCUGCUUUUUUGACACAACUCUCCACAAAGCAAGUUCUGCAGGCUCUAGUUUUGUCUAAUCUUGAUUAUUGUCCAGUCGUGUGGUCCAGUGCUGCAAGGAAAGACCUAGUAAAGCUGCAGCUGGCCCAGAACAGAGCGGCUGUCACGCCCUGGCCAUGGAGAAGCUUUUAUUCUCUAUUUUGAUUAGGCCAGGGUGGGCAUUCUAUGUUCCUUUUUCUGUGUUUUUCUAUUUCUUUGUUUUUGGCAGAGUGUGGUUCCCAAUCGGAGGCAGCUGUCUAUCGUUGUCUCUAAUUGUGAAUCAUACUUAGGCAGCCUUUUUCCACCUGUGUUUUUUGGGUAGUUGUUUUCUGUAUAGUUGAUUUGCCUUACAGAACUGUUCAUUCUUCUCUUUGUUAUUUUGUUCGAAUGUUUUUUGAUGAAAUAAAAAUCAUGAACACUUACCACGCUGCGCUUUGGUCCAUGCCUUCCGACGAGAGACGUGACAAUCUUGUCAUGUUUUGUGUUGACCGCAGGAGGGGUAGCUGCUGCUUUUGCAACAGCUAAUGGGGAUCCUAGUAAAAUACCAAAUACCAAACUGUUGUUGUCUCUGAGCUCAGAAAUAAAGAAUCUUGGUUUGA